AUGAGCAGCACCAGCCGUCGAGUCCAUCGCAAAACAGGCUGUGUGCCGUGCAAACUCCGCAAGAAAAGAUGCUCAGAGCACAAACCUGUGUGCACCGACUGCGAGCGCCUGGGAAUUACGUGCAUUUAUCUUCCGGAGAAAUGCUCUCGGGAAAAGAUCAAUUUCUACCGGGAACAAGUGGAGAAAGAGCUUUCUGAAAGAAAGCGACGCAAACCCAGCGGUGCAACUACUCAUAAGCAGCCCAAACGCGCGCCGGAAGAUCUUUUUGGUGAAAUCACUUCGGAUGCUGUUCUCGCUACUUUAAACACACCGUCUGCUCUGGACCUCAUUCCGUACGAUAGGAUUAACGAUCCGAAUUUUCUAGGCUUCAUGCCGUCCCUGCCCUCGCCUCUGCCACCGAUUUCAGAACCCUCGAUGAUGCAGUUGGAUGACACUGCCAUGCAUCUUUACAAUUACUAUCGCGAUUCGUUGUCCCACCUAAUCUCAAUUGCGCCCACCAGACAGAACUACUACCUUCAAAUAUUUCUUCCCAUGGCACACCAAAACGAAGGAAUUCUCUACGGAAUUUUGGCCUGGGCCGCACAUCACCUGUCGCUUGGUGGAGUCACUGAUCGCAGUAGUGCCAAUCGCGCCUUAGCAUCAUCGCUUCUCAAAGAACAGAGUCCUGCCGCUUUGGACGAUACCUAUAGAGAUAUCACAAUACACGAAAGUGGCGACGAAGCGAUUAUGUCAUCAUCGUCGCCGAUCUCGUCGAGCUCGUCGAGCUCGGCGGCUAAAGAGCCGCCGAGCCCUCCAAGUAUGGCGUCUUUUGACAUGGAUCAUAGCUACAACUCCGAACCAGACUCACGAUACGCAGCCGUCGCCAACGAAUAUACGCUGUAUUCCUUGCAGAAGCUACCGAACCCCAAGACAGAGGGACUGCUGCCAGCGCUGGCUAAUCUUCUCGUGCUUUGUGGAGCUGAGAUUUGCCAGGGUGAUGUCGAGCGUUGGCGAGUUCUUCUUCGCUGCGGUGCUCGCAUGAUCAAAGAUCAAGCGCCAAACAGUGAUAUCGGAGAGCUUUUGGCCGAUAGCGAAAAACCCGGCUCUCAAUUGGACGCUAAGGUGACUCGUUGGCUAUUGUCAAACUUCGCCUACCACGACAUUCUCGGCUCGGAUAAAAGCCAUUUUCCAAUGGAGCAGUACUCCAGGAUUCUGGAGGACCCGGCCGUUACCUGUAACUACACUGUGGACCCAUUGUACGGUGUGAACCGGCCCAUCUUCCAAAUAUUGGGCCAGGUAAAGAAUCUUGCCAGGAAGGUCAAGCAAGUUUUAGCAAUUGGAGGCCACAACUGCGAAUCGAUCGCAGACGGACCCCUACACAAGAUAAUAGCAGCGGCACAACGGCUACAGGUGUCUUUGUACAGCAUCCAACCCAGUGAAAACGACCUUGCAUGGUACCAAAACUUGGCCGAUAAUGGAGAAGAUGCUCGUCCUUUGGCCAAAACCUUAUUUUCAGUGUUCCGCACAACAGCCCUCCUGCAUCUCAAGACCGCUGUUCUGCGACAAAACAAGGAAUCCUACGAAAUUCAAUACCUGGUCUGGGAACUGUCGAGUGAUCUGGAUAAGGUACUAGGCACUCGACUGGAGGGUGGACUGUGUUUUCCACUAUUCAUUUGUGGUGUCAACUCCUUUAAUGGCUCCCAGCGCCAAAGUGUUGAGUUGAAGUUCGCAAACUUUCUGCAGCGCUACAAAUUUCGUAAUGUGGAGAGAGCAUUUACUGUAGUGCGGCAGCUAUGGCACAAUUCUGAUAGGGGCCGUAUACAGGACUGGUACGACAUUGUCGAUGAGAUCGGCUGGGACCUAAACUUUGCCUGA